AUACUGGAAUCCAUAGCACAUAGUUAAAGAUGGAAACUUAUGUAUUAGAGCUUUUAUUUUAGGAGGCUGAUUGACUACAUAAGAGUGAAUUUUAGAAACAACUUUGAAGCUUUUCUAUAUGUUUUCUUCCACUGUAGCACAUUCUACAAAAAGGCCUUUAAAAGUGUAGUGUUUACAGAGCAAAUAACCCAACAAUCUGCUUUCAGCAGUCCUGGGCACACUAGAAUACUUUUUGUCACCAUCAGUUGUUCCAUUGUGUUUUUUUAAUAAGGAACUUGCAUGGGAUGUACUCUCUCUCUAGUGUGUGAAACUACUACCCCAAGAGCUGGCAAAGGAAAACUUGGAUGUUCUUUUGGAAAUCCGGUUCUAUUUUUCCCACUAGAAAAGCUCCAGUGAGCUGAAUAACUUUCUUCUCAUGGCUACUCUCAAUAGCUUAACCCUCUCUUUUUUUUGAGUGGGGGUGGGGAGGUGGAUGGGGGGAACAGGGUCUUGCUAUGUUGCCCAGGCUGGUCUUGAACUCCUGGACUCAAGUGAUCCUCCUGCCUCAGCCUCCUGACUAGCUGGGAUUACAGGCACACACUACUACCACACCCAAUCUUUAACCCUGUCUUAAAGGACUGAAAAGUCAGACCCAUCUAAGGCUCCAAAUUCCUCGAAUGAUUUGAAGAGUCGUUGAGGUCACCCUGGCAACUCCUGCCCCGUGUUAGUGUCAAAAACUCAAACUAUCUCAGGAUUCGUUCUCUCUGUCAUCACAGUGACCAACAUCUCUCUAGCGUCCUGCCAUGUACAAAGCUCCAUUUUAUGAUUAUAGGAGGCCGCAAAGCCAGAUCUUUCCUUUCAGGAUUCUAAUUGGGGAGCUGCAACAUGUCAGGGAGUCACUCCAGUAUGAGAGGAGCUGUGAGGUGCCAGAAAGCUGUAGAGACACAGCCUUACGGGUUAUAAGGCCAGAGGAAUUUGGGAUCAAUAUUCCGCUAGAAAAAAAAAGGACAACUGGCAACGCUAGGCUGUAUACGCACAUCUUACUGGCCAACAUAAGGAAUCUUCUUCCCCACUGAGGAUGGGUUCUUAGGGGACUCUUAGUCCCAUGAUUGUCUCCUUUGUGUUUCAGGUGUCCGAGUUUGGGGGAUAACCAGGUAGCAGUGGUUGGGCUACCAUGAAGAAUGCAUGCUUCAGCUUUUUGCCCUUGGUCCGUUUUCUCAUGGGAUUGUCACAGCUUCGUGUUAAACUCUGUGUUCUCUUUGCCUGUUUUCCUUUUAAAAGACUUUCCCCACGGUAGAUGGUAAGGUGUUCAAGUCCCCCACUCAACCGCUUGGCUAUCCUUUGAGCAAACCUAGCAUCCCAUAAGAGGACCAGGAAGGGAAUGUGCCCAUGCCUACUGAGUGCUCACUAGAAGCAUCUUCUCAUUUACUUUUCCUAGACAGGUGGGGUAGAUGUUAUCUUUAUAGAUGAGUAAACUGAGGGCUGAGAGAAGAUGCGUCAUUUGCCAUUCACUCCAGACCUCUCUGGUUAGAGCAAUGGCUCGCACGUGUUUCUCUCCCUGACAGUAGACCUUGGUUCUUAGAACUCCGCAGCUUCACUGCGGUUCUCCCUCCUUGAAUCCAGUCAGCCUUCUUUCCCCAGUCUUUCCUCUUUAACGUUCAGUUUCAAAUCACUUUACUGAGACAAAGAGCCUGAAAAGAGUUCAGGGAGCCUAGAGAGUUCAGGGAGUUUGAGGCACUUUCCCUGUCAUUUCCCCCCAGUGCUUCAUAUUCCAAAUUCCUCUAGUCUCUAAAGGGUGAAAGUCUAGUUCUUUCAUGCCAUGACACUCUCCUUCCUAGAAUGCACCUAGGAAAAAGAGGAUUUGAAAUUAGAAAAAAAUGGGGAAAAAAAAUUAGGAGUCAGUAUUAUUUCCCCAUCUAUAUCUUUUUGAAAAGUUGCUUUAAUUUCUGUGAAUGGGUCUCGGCAACAAUUGUAGCUCAAUGUUGUCUACUAGAUAUGGUCUUGAGUAGAUAAAUAAAAUUAUAUACUUUAAGUGACUUUUUAUUUUAUUUUUUUAAAUAGACAUUAACCCCAGCCCCAGCCCCACCCCAGCCUUCUCUGCUAUCAACAUCCCAGACCAGAGUGGCACCUUUGUUACAACUGAUGAACCUACGUGAGCACAUCAUUGUCACCCAGAGUUCACAAUUUGCAUUGGGGUCAUGCUUUGCCUUUUUAUUUUUAAAUAAAAAUUAUAAAAAAGCUUCUUUUUUAAAAAAUAAGUUACUAUAUUUACUAUAUGUCUCUCUUUUUUUCUAUUAAAAAGAAUCUUAUAGUAAAUAGAACGAAGACUCUCUAAUUCUGUCUCUUUUGAAAAGCAAUUUUUAGCAGGAAAAUCAGGUGUCACAAACAUGUGACCUUUCUGUGAGCAUAAGGCAUUUAGUUCUAGGUUUAUAACGUUCGUGUGAUGCAGUGACUAUGAUGAGGCCCCAGAGAGCCGUAUGCGGGAGGCUGGGAAGGUGCCAGGAGCCAGACCAGUUAACAGAAAGGAGAUGCUUGGAGUGGAUCUCACAUAAGGCCACUUUAUGUUGGGAUAUUUUAAUCCCUGCUCUAAGGCCAAAGGACAGGAAUUGGGCAUAAAAUUCAGCAGGGCUAGAUGUUUCUGGCUCAGUUUAAAGAAAAAAAUACAGCAGGGAGGAGCUGAGUUAUGUUUGAGGCAGAGCUGUUUGGCUGUGUGGAUAGUUAAAAGGUGGAAUUUUGACACAUCUGCUUAUGGCUUCUUUUAGAGUUUCAAACUAGUGGUUAAUUCGUAGACUAUUAAGAUGUUAAAACGGAAAGGGACUAAGAGAUCAUCUUCUCUUAACUGUGUUGUUACAGGUUAGUGUCAAGGAGGUUGUUUACCUGGGAUAAUGUAGACGUAGCCCUUCCUCUGAAGGUGAGGCAUGCCUUAAACGAGUGCCCGAAGUUCUUUCCAGAAACAUAGCUCUAUGGCUAUGCAAGUUUUGGGUGUAAACGUCAUGAGCUUUUAAUGUAGGUAAAUGAUGUGUAUGUUAGAGAUUUUAAAAAAAAUGUGUUUCUAGCUCUGGGGAAGUUCAGAGUCAAAAUAUGCUAAUAUUUUAAAUAUAAGUUAGAUUUAUAUGUUAAAAUAAGCACAGAUGACCGUGGGAGUUUAGACAGAAAAGAUUAUCUGAUGGUAAGAAUCAGAGCAGUCUAUUGAAAGAGGCAGCACCAUUUAGAUGGAGCCUCGAAGGAUAGGCAUGAGCUUGUUUAUUGGUACUUGCACUUUUUAACUUCUGAUUAUGAACAUUUUUAGGUCUGCAGAAAAGCUAAUAGAACAGUGCAGUGAGUACCUGUAUACCACUGCCUAGAUUCAAUAGCUGUUAACAUUUUGUCAUAUUUGUUUCGACUCUCUAGUUUGUAGAUGUGUUUGCAUAUGUACAGAUUGUUUUUUAACCUUUUGAAAGUAAGUUAUGGUCAUCUUGACUUUUUUUUCCCCUAAUAUAUCCACUGAUACCUCCUCACACCAUUCUCCUACAUAACCACAAUUCCAUUAUUAAAAACCGAAGAAAAUUAACAAAAAUACGUCAAUAUCAUCUAAUUUCUAUUCUCUAUUUUCAGAUUUCCCUAAUUGUAUACUAAAUCUUUUAUAGCUAUUUUUUUUCAAACCUGGAUUUAAUCAAGUUUCACAUACACAAUUUUGUUUUCCUGAUUCCUAUGUACCUCUUUUAUUCUAGGGCCAUCCAGUUGGCCUCCUUCUCUUUGUUUCAUGCAUGAUGUUGACUUUUAGAAGGACCAGACCAAUUGUCUUAUAACUUUUUUUGUUAAUUCUGUAUCUUGCAAGUUUCUUGCAAAUUGAAGAUUUAGAAAGUUUUUUUAAAACUCAGACUAGGUAUUUUCUGGGAGAUAUAUUGCCAGAUCAUCUGUUAGCCAUGAAUAUAAAGACAUUGCUCCUGACACACCAUUUUCAGUGGAGAGUGGACUUUAGAAUAAUUUUUAUUUGCAAAAGUAAUAUAAGGCAGUUGUAAAAUGCUGGAACAGUUUAGAAAUAUGCAGAGUUUUAUUUGAUAUCAUCAAGUAGCCCUGCCUGAAAUAAUACUUUUGUUGAACUUAGUCUUCCCUGUUUAUGUGUUUUUGUUUGUUAUAAAUACUGUGAUCAUCUAUACACAUGGUUGUGAAGUUUGCUUUUUGUUUCACUAGCUGUGCAUUGUGACUAGUGUCCCAUAGAAUAUGCAGUAGAGAUUGUUUUUGUUGGGAUAAAUGUGUACCAAGCCAGCCACAUUCUUUCCUAGGUGUUUAUGGUAAGACACACCCAAAGGUAGAGUGCCUGGCCCAGGAUUAGAGAUGUGGCUUCUGCCCACAGAGCAAAUAUUAAUAUUUUUCUCUGUUGGAGGCUCUCUGGUUAAUGUAGGAAUUGACUCUUGGCAUCUUCUGCCCUGUGCUUUAAUAAGUUGAAAGGAAUUUGUGAGUAGUAAACACCUAAGCGCUCUGUAUAUGAAUGUUGGCUUCCCCCCACCCCCUACUUCUUUUUGGGUGAGUCCCUCAUAUCUUUUGUGUACAUAUCAAGAGAUCAGAUUGGCUAUCUUGGAGGUAAACACAAUCCUGUGCCAACACGAAGUGAUUUAGAAAUGUUAAUAUAUUUUACCAAGCCAGAGUUUCUAGCACAUGUAUUUUAAGCCGUCAUAAAACAUAUACCUGUCAUGUUAAGGAAUGUGCCAGGGGCAGGUAUCAAAGACCUGCUGUGGGAGUCUGGGGAGUGUGUUUUGCUGUGUUGUAGGGUUAUGCCCUGACAGCCUCCGUGAGGCACGGGUACUGGCAGGGGGUGGUUUAUAAAUAUCGAAGUCAUUUUAUUUAUUAAUUCAAGAAUUCCUGCAAGGAACGGUUACUCCUAUUUGUAUAUCCAAGUGUCACGGGGCUCAGGGGUAAUUCUGUGCCGGCAGAGGGAUGAAGGGCAUAAAGUCUGGGUGGAUUGCCCGAGUUAGGGACUCAAGUUAGCAAAACGAUCAUGAUCAGGACAUAGUCCUUGGAGCUUAAUGGAGACCAGAACCUUUAGACGGCAGAGCUUUCUGGACAUUUCUGGCUGCUUUGAAAGAUAAGUUUAAUGAGCCUCCCAGCAAGAGCAUUGCUGGCUCUGGGUGGAAUGGUAAAGCCACUUUUGUUAUUUUUAUUCUUGUGUUCUCCAUGGCAAUCAUGUCAUCAUUUUCAUUUGGUGGAAUGUCAGGGUGUCAGUUAAUAGUAAGUUAAAUUGCCUGUAGUUGGGUGACAUGGCUUUUGCAUCAAGCAUUUUAUAAAGGACCAGGAUGAUAAGGUAGUCCCCCACUUCUAACUAUUUAUUGAAAAAAAAGGACAAAGUUGUGAUUUUAAGUGCACUGAAUAAUUCAUAUAUUUCCGUUUUUUUUGAACAAGUGGAAAGCAGCUAACUGUAUUAAAUGUGUAUUCCCACCAUUUCAUAUCAUCCAUUCUAAGUAAAUAAAGUAAAUUAUAAAAUAAAAAAUAUGACAAUAAAAGCAAAUAAUGUUAUAAAAGUAAAGAAACAGGGUUGCAAAGAGUGAGGCGGAGCAAGAUCCAGUUUUAAGUUCAUUAAGGCACUUAAAUCGUUGAACCUCACUUUUUUUUCAUCUGCAAAAUAGGUAUAAUGAAAUCAACACCACAGGACUGUUCAUGAGGUUGAAAUGAUGUAUCUAGAAAUUAAAAAAAAAAAAUAACUCACCAGUGUUCAAAUUCUACGCCUAGUGUUUUCUUGAGUAGAUAGUAUUGUAUAUACUGAAAAACUGUAUUGUAGGAAAUAACUCACCAGUGUUCAAAUUCUACUCCUGGCGUUUUCUUGAGUAGAUGGUAUUGUAUAUACUGAAAAACUGUAUUGCAGAUACAAUACAGAUAGUACUGUAUAUACUGAAAAACGAUACAGAUACUAUUGUCUAUAGUGAAAAUAGCACGUGAACUGAAGUUGCAUGGACAUUAGUUUGAAUUUGGAUUUGCUAUUUACACUGUGCAUCUGCGAGUGAGUUGUUUAAUAAUCUCUCCGGACCUUCGUUUCUUCCAUUGAAACGUGGCUUUUAUCAUGUCACCCCUCUAAGGUAACGUGGCCAGGACACUUAGGAGCUACAGAGCUCGCAGGUCACCGAAUGCGGGUGUUCAUCUGUCAGGAGGGGGUGUGCACACGCGUGUGCAGUGCGCGCCAUGCCGUCCACAGUGUCCCUUUCAGUGGGUGACCGUGCCGUUUCUUCUCUGCCUGCAGCUACCUUCCAGAGGGCCACAGCGGGCAUGGACACCCUUUUCGCUACCUGCAGGAGCACGGGUGAUAGUGGCGACAUCCGGUCACGGAGCUGCUGAGGCCGUCUCGGGGGCGUGUGCGCCAGGACAGGAGGGCGGCGUCUGAGGGCCACGGAGCCAUGCCUUUCGGUCUGAAGCUCCGCCGGACACGGCGCUACAACGUCCUGAGCAAGAACUGCUUCGUCACUCGCAUCCGCCUGCUGGACAGCAACGUGAUCGAGUGCACGCUGUCGGUGGAGAGCACGGGGCAAGAGUGCCUGGAGGCCGUGGCCCAGAGGCUGGAGUUGCGGGUGACGCACUACUUUGGCCUUUGGUUUCUCAGCAAGAGCCAGCAAGCACGAUGGGUGGAGCUGGAGAAACCCCUGAAGAAACAUCUGGACAAAUUCGCUAAUGAGCCUCUGCUCUUCUUCGGAGUCAUGUUCUAUGUGCCAAAUGUGUCAUGGCUUCAGCAGGAGGCCACAAGAUAUCAGUAUUACCUGCAAGUCAAAAAAGACGUGCUUGAAGGGCGAUUACGGUGCACGGUGGAACAGGUGAUUCGACUCGCAGGCUUAGCUGUGCAAGCUGAUUUUGGAGAUUAUCAUCAGUUUGAUUCUCAAGAUUUCCUCAGAGAGUAUGUAUUGUUUCCUAUGGAUUUGGCCCUGGAGGAGGCUGUUCUGGAGGAGCUGACCCAGAAGGUAGCCCAGGAACACAAAGCCCACAGUGGAAUCCUGCCAGCCGAAGCCGAGCUUAUGUACAUCAACGAAGUGGAACGUUUGGAUGGGUUUGGACAGGAAAUCUUCCCUGUGAAGGACAAUCAUGGAAACAGUGUGCAUCUUGGCAUUUUCUUUAUGGGGAUUUUCGUGAGAAACAGAAUUGGAAGACAAGCAGUAAUAUACAGGUGGAAUGAUAUUGGGAAUAUCACUCACAACAAGUCAGCCAUUCUCGUGGAGCUCGUCAACAAGGAAGAGACUGCCCUCUUUCACACGGAUGACAUCGAAAAUGCCAAGUACAUCUCCCGACUGUUUGUCACACGGCACAAGUUUUACAAACAAAACAAAAUCUGCACGGAACAGUCAAAUUCUCCACCCCCCAUCAGACGCCAGCCCACCUGGAGCCGGUCCUCUCUGCCCCGGCAGCAGCCGUACAUCCUGCCGCCCGUGCACGUCCAGUGCGGUGAGCACUACUCGGAAACGCACACCUCCCAAGACAGCAUUUUCCACGGGAACGAGGAAGCCUUGUAUUGCAACUCCCACAACAGCCUGGACUUGAACUACGUGAACGGCACGGUCACCAACGGCAGCGUGUGCAGCGUCCACAGCGUCAACUCCCUGAGCUGCUCGCAGAGCUUCCUGCAGGCCUCCCCCGUGUCCUCCAACCUCAGCAUCCCCGGGAGCGACAUCAUGCGGGCCGACUACAUCCCCAGCCACCGGCACAGCGCCAUCAUCGUGCCCUCCUACAGGCCCACGCCCGACUACGAGACGGUGAUGCGGCAGAUGAAGAGGGGGGUGGUGCACGCGGACAGCCAGAGCCAGUCCCUGCGGAACCUCAACAUCCUCAACACGCACGCCUACAACCAGCCGGGGGAGCUGGUGUACAGCCAGCCCGAGAUGCGGGAGAGACACCCCUACACCGGCCCCUACGGGCCGCAGGGAGGCUACGGCGGCAAACCGGUCAGCCCCUCCGACCACGCAAACCCCAAGAGCGCCGCGGCGCCCAGCAGGCCGGGGGCCAGUGCCAUCUCGCACACGGUGAGCACCCCGGAGCUGGCCAACAUGCAGCUGCAAGGCGGCCACCCCUACAGCACGGCCCACAUGCUCAAGAACUAUCUGUUCAGGCCGCCGCCGCCCUACCCACGGCCGCGCCCUGCCACCAGCACGCCGGACCUGGCCAGCCACCGCCACAAGUACGCCAGCGGCAGUAGCCCGGACCUGGUGACGCGCAAGGUGCAGCUGUCGGUGAAGACCUUCCAGGAGGACAGCUCCCCCGUGGUGCACCAGUCCCUCCAGGAGGUGAGCGAGCCGCUCACGGCCACCAAGCACCACGGCGCGGCCCACAAGCGCCACAGCCUGGAGGUGAUGAGCAGCAUGGUGCGCGGCAUGGAGGCCAUGACGCUCAAGUCCCUCCACCUGCCCAUGGCGCGCCGCGGCACGCUGCGGGGGCACGGCCUGCCGCCCGAGGAGGGCCCCGGCGGCCACGAGGCGCCCCCGCCGCCCCAGUAUCACCACAAGAAGACCUUCUCCGACGCCACCAUGCUGAUCCACAGCAGCGAGAGCGAGGAGGAGGAGGAGGCGGCGGCGGCCCCCGAGGCGGCGGCCCGGGUCCCCGCGCUGCGCGACAAGGCGGAGUACAGCGCCCAGCUGCAGGCAGCCUUGGCGCGCAUCCCCAACAAGCCCCCGCCCGAGUACCCCGGCCCCAGGAAGAGCGUGAGCAACGGGGCGCUCCGGCAGGACCAGCCCAGCCUGCCCCCCGCCGUGGCCAGGGCCCGGGGGCUGCGGCACGGGCCGGCCAAGGCCACCGGCGCGCCACGCGCCGACCCGCCCGCCGUCAAUGGGGCCACGCUCGGCCCGUCCAUCUCCGAGCCCGACCUGACCAGCGUGAAGGAGCGGGUCAAAAAGGAGCCGGUGAAGGAGAGACCCGUGUCCGAGAUGUUCUCCCUGGAGGACAGCAUCAUAGAGAGGGAGAUGAUGAUUAGGAAUCUAGAGAAGCAGAAGAUGGCAGGCCUGGAGGUGCAGAAGAGGCCGCUGAUGUUGGCGGCGUUGAAUGGGCUCUCGGUGGCUCGGGUCUCGGGGCGAGAAGAGAGUCGUGUUGAUGCCACACGCGUUCCCAUGGACGACAGGUUCAGAACCCUGAAGAAGAAGCUAGAAGAGGGAAUGGUGUUCACGGAAUAUGAGCAAAUCCCAAAGAAAAAGGCGAAUGGCAUUUUCAGCACCGCAGCUCUGCCCGAAAACUCCGAGCGCAGCCGGAUCCGAGAAGUUGUCCCCUACGAGGAGAACCGGGUGGAGCUGAUACCAACCAAAGAAAAUAACACAGGAUACAUUAAUGCCUCCCAUAUCAAGGUGGUGGUUGGUGGGGCAGAAUGGCACUACAUAGCCACCCAGGGGCCCCUGCCGCACACGUGCCACGACUUCUGGCAGAUGGUGUGGGAGCAGGGAGUGAACGUGAUCGCCAUGGUCACCGCAGAAGAGGAGGGCGGACGAACCAAAAGCCACCGAUACUGGCCCAAACUGGGUUCCAAGCACAGCUCGGCCACCUACGGCAAGUUCAAGGUCACCACAAAGUUCCGAACAGAUUCUGGUUGCUAUGCAACCACAGGCUUAAAGGUCAAGCACCUUUUGUCUGGUCAGGAAAGAACGGUGUGGCAUUUGCAAUAUACCGACUGGCCAGAUCAUGGCUGCCCAGAAGAUGUCCAAGGAUUUCUGUCCUACUUGGAGGAGAUCCAGUCAGUCCGUCGCCAUACCAACAGCAUGCUGGAAGGCACCACGAACCAGCACCCUCCCAUCGUCGUCCACUGCAGCGCGGGGGUGGGAAGAACCGGCUUGGUCAUUCUCUCUGAGCUCAUGAUCUACUCUGAGCAUAAUGAAAAGGUGGAAGUGCCCAUGAUGCUGAGGCUCCUCCGGGAGCAGAGGAUGUUCAUGAUCCAGACCAUCGCCCAGUACAAGUUCGUCUACCAGGUCCUCAUCCAGUUCCUCCAAAACUCCAGACUCAUUUAAGCUCACGGAGGAGGGGAUGCUCCGGACAGCACCCGCUCCCCCGGCAGGGGGCUGGCGCCAGGCAGGCCAUGGCUCUCUUGAAAGCAGGAGCCCAGAUGAUUCACACAACCCAUGUAUUAUUUUAUAUGAGAUAAUUUAUUUUUUCCCCCUUC